AUGGACGACGGUGAAUGGCAGGAUGUCCCAGAAGUAGACUUUGCGCCGUUGUCACAGACCCAGUCGGCGUCGUCGAGCCCUAUCGGCGUGCAAAAGGCCAUCCGCAGACGCAAGACUCACAAGACGGCGAGCCUCACGCGCACGCCUUCCGUAUCGUCUCGACGAUCCGCGACGCCCGUAGUGCCACUGCGAGAAGAGACACCUACCCUAGUGGAUUACGAGCAAAUGCAGCGGGAUGUCCUUUCUGGUGCAUCGUCCAUAGUAUCCUACAUCGUGAACGUCCUGGCGAUCGCCAAGUUCUGGCUGCUGAAGAAGCCACUCGCGGUCCUCGCCUUUGUUGUGACCCUGGCCUUCUGUCGAGGUGCGUCGCAGACAAGUCCCGCUUUUGUUUUCGCCUAUGUGUAUCCCCGGCAUCUCAUCCAGCACGUUCUGGACUGGUGCCACUGCAUCCGGUUCGGCCACCACGGACAGAAGCCGAAGUCAGCGAACUUCGCCCAGCUUGUCAAGCUGCAAGACAGCUUCGAGAGCAUCAUGGAUGCGAACGUGCGCACGGGCGCGAUAGGUCUUAAGCUCAAGGGAUCGGAAAUGGUCAUGCGCGACUUAGUCGCACGCGUGCGCGCGAGCGACCUCACGAGCCGCGACACCCUCGCGGAAACCCUCUUACGGUUCGUCGAGGAUGCGAAGAAGACGGGAGAAGGCCUGCACAGGCUUAGUGCGAAGAUCAACGGCGCCGUGGAUGACAUUACAACCAUGAACGGCCAGGCGAUGCGCACCAUCGAGGCAGUCUCGAACAGGGGGAGCUUCUCGUUGUCGCGUAUCAUGACCCGUACCGACACCGAGGCGGUCAUCCUCCGCUCGUUCGAAGACGCGUUGGACACGCUCACCAAGGAGACCCACCGCGCAGUGCUCGAGGCCUCCGUCAGCGCCGCAAACCUCGAGCGGCUCCAGGAGCACCUCCUCACCAUCCACGAGAUCAUCACGCGGGAAAGCGUCGCGCUGAACGAUGCGCAAGCGGAGCUGCCCUCCGAGUUGUGGACGAUCCUCAGCGGGGACGGCAGCACGCGCCACAAGAGCGAGAUGCACCUCACGCUUCUGAGAUAUAUCGGGCGCUACCGCAAGGAGGCCACCGCGCAUGUCGUCUUUACGCACGAGGUGCUCCAGGAGGUCGAGGCGGACGCGGAGGAGCUCAGGGAGCGCGCGGCCGCGCCUGCGAUCGUGGGCGAUCGCGUACCUGCGGAGGUGUUGCUUCAGAGCAUUGGUGACGGGAUUGAGAAAUUGAAGGCGGGGCGCCAGAGAACGAGCGAGAAACGGCAGGCGUUGAUGGACAAGCUGCUGGCGUCGCCGGGCGAUGUGUUGGGCAUCAAAUUUGAUUGA